ACCAUGUAUUUUCGAUUGGAAAUCAACAUUCCUGAAAAUGUUUCUUCAUUGCCUAUUUAGAAAAUCCAAAAUAAAGUUCUCUUUUGACAAUUCCUCCUAUUGUAUAGAUUGGUUUCUGAUACAAGAAUUCGAACAGAAAGUACUAAUUUCUUUGAAACCAUGGCUACCCAUGUCAGCAGCGCCGCAUGUUUGUCUGUUCCCUGUCAGAGAAAAAUUCAGAGAGUAAGAGCUGUCGCCUCUGAGGAUUUUGCUGCUGUGAAGACAAAUGGGAAUGAGAAAGUGAAAUUGGGAGCCUCAGACCUGAAGGUGACAAGGCUGGGGAUUGGAGCUUGGUCAUGGGGUGAUACCAGUUACUGGAACAACUUUGAAUGGGAUGAUAGGAAGAUGAAGGCUGCUAAAGCUGCUUUUGAUGCCAGCAUUGAUAAUGGUAUAACCUUUUUCGACACCGCUGAAGUUUAUGGCUCUAGGAUAUCAUUUGGUGCCAUAAGCUCUGAAACUCUCCUAGGAAGAUUUAUCAAGGAAAGGAAAGAAAAGAAUCCAGAAGUAGAGGUAGUUAUUGCUACCAAGUUUGCGGCUUUGCCAUGGAGGUUUGGCCGUCAAAGUGUUCUCACUGCCCUUAAGGAUUCCUUAUGUCGGCUUGGACUUUCAUCAGUAGAUCUUUAUCAACUCCACUGGCCUGGAGUAUGGGGGAAUGAAGGAUAUAUUGAUGGUCUUGGUGACGCUGUUGAGGAGGGCCUUGUGAAGGCUGUUGGUGUUUCGAACUAUAGUGAGAGGCGAUUGCGGGAUGCGUUCGAGAGGCUUAACAAGAGAGGAAUUCCACUUGCUUCAAACCAAGUGAAUUACAGUCUCAUAUAUAGAGCGCCAGAGCAGAAUGGUGUGAAGGCUGCAUGUGAUGAACUUGGAAUCACUUUGAUUGCAUAUUCUCCUAUUGCUCAAGGUGCUCUAACAGGAAAGUACACACCAGAAAAUCCACCAACAGGUCCUCGUGGCAGGAUUUAUACUCCUGAGUUUUUAACGAGGCUGCAACCUUUGCUUAACAGGAUUAAGGAAAUAGGAGAUAACUACAGCAAAACUGCUACACAGGUGGUUCUCAACUGGUUAAUAGCCCAAGAGAAUGUUGUGCCAAUCCCAGGAGCCAAAAAUGCCGAGCAAGCUAAGGAAUUUGCAGGUGCACUGGGAUGGAGACUUACUGGUGACGAGGUCAAUGAGCUACGCUCGUUAGCAUCAGAGAUCAGUCCCGUCAUUGGUUUCCCUAUUGAGUACUUGUAGAUAUUGUAGCAGAUUCAAUGGCUUCCAUGGAUGUCAAAAACGUAUGGUUGGCCUUCCGGUGCACACCAUCGUUCUUUAUAAUUUCUGUAUUUUUUUUUUUUUCGUUUUUCUUUAUGUAUCUGAGCACUCAUAAUACUUCACCAGGUUUUUUAAGACGUUCUAGUCCUUCAAUUUCAUGAUAUGAUUGGUUGUUUCAUGGAGGUCUAUAUUUAAGGCUAGCCUUUGAAUGGGUGAGGAGACCAUGGAUGAGGAUGCACAAUCUGAAAAUGAAUUCAUUGAAGUGUGCAUUUGGUUUCUGUUGGUAACUGUUUUGGUUACCUUGUGUGUGAACAUGGUCUGAAAAUUGAUAAAAAUAAGGCGAGGGCUGUUAUUGAAGCACAACCACCACAAAGCAGGGAGCUGCAAAGAGUCCAUGGCUAAGUAAAUUUCUUCAGAUGCUUCAUCUUAAAUCUAGCAGGGAAGACUAGAGUCUUCUCACCUUUGUUGAAACUCAAGUCAAAAGCAUAUUUCAAGUGGAGGAGCACCACCAGACUGCCUUUUUGAAAUAAAGCAUUAUUUAUCAA